UAAACUCCUAAAUAUAUUUUAAGUAGGCUUAUAAUUAUUUUUAUUAAUACUAUAUAUAAGCCAUGCCAUCAAAAUAUCAUCCACCUGCUCAGAAUAUGGACCAGUACAAAUAUUCUGAAAUAUCCAAUAAAGUCAGUAAAGCUGAUCAAAGAUUUGUUACUCGUCGGGAUCAUGAAGCAACAGGAGAGCCUGAAUCACUUUCAGGACGAAUUAGUGUAAAAGAUAUGGGAUCUCGUGUUUCUAGAAAUACUCAGCCAGAAAGUACUAUAAAAAAAGAAACUCAAGUAAUAGAUGAUGAAUUUGAUCAAAAAUAUAAAAAAAAAAAAACAUUAAAAAACAAAAAUACUUAUUCUUCUAUAUUGGAUACUACAGAAGAUUUAGAGGGCCUUGUAUAUUAUCCGAAAACCAAAGAAACUCGUGAAACAUAUGAAGCACUUUUAGCUUAUGUUCACGAAUUUGUUGGAGAUCAAAGUCAUGAUAUAAUAAGGAGUGCUAGUGACGCUGUUUUAGAAUUCUUAAAAGAUGAAAAUUUAAAAGAUUAUGAUAAAAAAAAAGAAAUUGAUAAAUUACUCGGUGUAAAUAUACCGAGUGAAAGAUUUAGCCAAUUAAUUGCUAUUGGAAAAAAGAUAACAGAUUAUUCUUCUGAAGAUUCUAGAAAUAUUGUGGAGAACGAUGAUCAUGAGCUUGAUGAACAAAGAGUUGCAGUUAUUUUUGAUGAUGAUGAAAACGAAGAUAGCGAAAAUGAAAUUGAUGAAGAUGAUCAAGAGGAAUCUAAUACAAGUACUGACACAGAAGGUGUGGAAAAUUACAUAACUAUUGUUAACGGGAAAACAAAUAAACAUUUCACUAGUAAAGAAAAUAAAGAAAAAGUUUUCGCUCAUCAAAUCGACACAUUUUGGUUACAACGAACUAUUUCUGCAUAUUAUACCGAUCCAUAUAUUAUUCAGGAAAAAACAUCAUCAGCUAUUUCUUUUUUAGAAUCAGAUAUUUCAUUUGGACAACUUGAAAAUAAGCUUAUGGAGUUAUUUGAUUAUGAUAAAUUUGAACUUGUGAAAAUAUUAACUAGAAAUCGAGAUACAAUUGUAUGGUGUACGCGUCUCUUACGAACAAUUGAUGUUGAAGCUAAAAAAGAAAUCGAAACUCAGAUGAAAUUAGAAGGUUAUGAAUGGAUUUUACGAGAACUUAAAGAAGAUAGGGAGUCAUUGUCUUUGAUGUAUCCAGAGAAGCAUGAUAACAACAUGAUGGAUAUUGAUUUGCCCCAAGAUGUAGAGAAACAUAUGCAUAAGGAUAUUUCUGUGUCACAAAUAUCUGAAAUUAUACCUAAAAAAGUCAUUGAUUUAAAUUCACUUAUAUUUUCUCAAGGUGCUCAUUUAAUGUCGAAUAAAAAAUGUAAAUUACCAGAAGGUUCUUUUAAACGAUCUAAAAAAGGUUAUGAAGAAAUUCACGUUCCAGCACCAAAAAAAGCAAUAGUUAAAGAUAUAAAAAGUAUUCUAAUAUCUGAUAUGCCUGAAUGGAUUCGUCCUGUCUUUGGUAAUACCGAAAAAUUAAAUCCUAUUCAAAGCAAGCUCUAUCCUAUGGCAUUCGAAAAAGAUAAUAAUUUGCUUAUUUGCGCACCUACGGGCGCUGGAAAAACAAAUGUGGCUAUUCUUUGCAUUUUAAACGAAUUAAAAAAACAUCGCAAUGAGUCUACAGGAGAAAUUAAUAAAAAUGACUUUAAAAUUGUUUAUAUUGCUCCAUUGAAGGCUCUUGUACAAGAAAUUGUCGGCAAUUUUAGAUCUAGGUUGUCUCAAUAUGACAUCCAGGUGGAAGAAUUAACAGGAGAUACACAACUUACUAAAGCUCAAAUAUCUUAUACUCAAAUAAUCGUAACUACUCCUGAAAAAUGGGAUAUCAUUACUAGAAAAGCUACAGAAACGUCAUAUACUAAUCUGGUUCGUCUAAUAAUUAUUGAUGAAAUUCAUUUACUUCAUGAUGAUCGAGGUCCUGUUUUAGAAGCUAUUGUCGCUCGGACAAUCCGAAAAAUGGAACAAACAUUUGAGCCCGUUCGUUUAAUAGGACUCUCGGCUACUCUUCCUAACUAUAUGGAUGUUGCCGCAUUUUUAAAGGUAGACUUGAAGCAAGGUCUAUUUUAUUUUGAUAAUUCAUAUCGUCCUUGUCCAUUAAAACAAGAAUUUAUCGGGAUUACUGAAAAAAAAGCUAUCAAAAGAUUGCAGGUUAUCAAUGAUGUUACAUAUGAGAAAGUAAUCGAACAAGCUAGAAAAUUUCAAGUUUUAAUUUUUGUCCAUUCACGUAAAGAAACUGCUAAAACUGCGAAAUUUAUACGCGAUAAAUGCCUCGAAGAAGAAACCAUUGGACAAAUUUUACGUUUUGAUGCAGCAACAAAAGAAAUUCUUCAGUCAGAAGCAAAAGAAGUUAAUGACUCCAAUUUAAAAGAUCUUCUUCCUUAUGGGCUUGGCAUUCAUCAUGCUGGCAUGACUCGUGCCGAUCGAAGGUCAGCUGAAGAACUUUUUGCAGCUGGUCAUAUUCAAGUUUUAGUUAGUACUUCCACUUUAGCAUGGGGCGUUAAUCUUCCUGCACAUGCUGUUAUUAUUAAAGGAACUCAAAUUUAUUCACCAGAAAAAGGUCGCUGGGUAGAGUUAUCUCCUCAAGAUGUUCUUCAAAUGUUAGGCAGAGCAGGAAGGCCACAAUAUGAUUCUUAUGGUGAAGGUAUAAUUAUUACAUCGCAUACAGAACUUCAAUAUUAUUUAAGUUUGCUUAACCAGCAAUUGCCAAUAGAAAGUCAGUUUAUUAGUAAAAUCGUUGAUAAUUUGAACGCAGAAAUCGUUUUAGGUACUGUAAGAAACAGAGAUGAAGCAGCACAAUGGCUUGGAUAUACUUAUUUAUAUGUUCGAAUGUUACGAUCUCCUACAAUAUAUAAUGUCGGAGCAGAUUAUGCUGAUGAUGUAGAUUUAGAACAAAAACGAAUUGAUCUUAUUCAUUCAGCUGCAUUAUUGCUAGAUAAACAUAAUUUAAUAAAAUAUGAUAAAAAAACAGGUAUUUUUCAAGCAACGGAAUUGGGAAGAAUUGCAUCACAUUAUUACAUUACUUAUGAAUCUAUGGCUAUAUAUAAUCAAUAUCUUAAACCUACAUUGUCAUAUAUUGAACUUUUUCGUAUAUUUUGUCUUUCAGAUGAAUUUAAAUAUAUUCCAGUAAGGGAAGAAGAAAAACUUGAACUUCAAAAAUUGCUUGAUAGAGUUCCUAUUCCUAUUAAGGAGGGCGCUGAAGAACCAUCUGCUAAGAUUAAUACUUUAUUACAAGCUUAUAUAUCUAAGUUAAAACUUGAAGGUUUUGCUUUAAUUUCAGAUAUGAUAUAUGUCACACAGUCCGCAAAGAGAAUUUUAAGGGCUAUUUUUGACAUUUCUUUAAAGAGGGGAUGGUCACAGGUUGCUAAAUCAGCCCUUGAUAUGUGUAAAAUGGUUGAGAAAUGUAUGUGGCCUACCAUGACUCCUUUAAGACAAUUUAAAAUAUGUCCUUCUGAAGUUAUUCGCAAGGUUGAACGAAAAGAUUUAUCAUGGAGUAGAUAUUUUGAUUUAGAUCCUCAUGAACUUGGAGAAUUAAUAAAUGUACCUAAAGCCGGGAAAUUAGUUCAUAAACUUAUUCAGCAUUUUCCAAAAUUGCAACUUCAGGCACAUGUUCAGCCUAUUACACGAUCUAUAUUGAGGGUGAGUUUGACUAUUACACCUCAAUUUGAAUGGGACCAUGAAAUACAUGGGUUUACUGAACUUUUUUGGAUUAUAGCUGAAGAUGUAAAUGGGGAGCAAAUUCUCUUUCAUGAUCAAUUUAUAUUAAAGGAAAAUUAUGCAAAAGAUGAACAUUAUGUUGAAUUUACUGUCCCAAUAUCUGAACCAAUACCACCAAAUUAUUUUAUUACAAUAAUCUCAGAUAGAUGGAUGCAUUCUGAAACGAAGCUAGCUAUAGCAUUUAAACAUUUAAUUCUCCCAGAAAAAUUUCCUCCGCAUACUCCUUUACUUGAUUUACAUCCGCUUCCUGUUGCUGUGUUACGCAAACAGGAAUUUAUUAAACUUUAUUCGUCUCAUUUUCAGAAUUUCAAUAAAAUUCAGACUCAAGUAUUUAAUACAUUGUUUACUACUGAUGAGACUGUUUUUAUAGGUGCCCCUACUGGUAGUGGAAAAACAAUUUGUGCAGAAUUCGCCUUAAUGAGACAUUGGAUGCAAGAAAAUUCGGGAAAAGCGGUAUAUAUUGCACCAUUUCAAGAGCUUAUUGAUGAAAGAUAUAAUGACUGGAAUGAAAAAUUUAGAACUUUAGAAAAUUCUAAAAGUAUAGUUAAAUUAACAGAAGAGACUAGUGAAAAUCUGAAAUUAUUACAAAAAGCAGAUUUAAUUCUUGCAACUCCUGUUCAGUGGGAUGUGUUAUCUCGUAGAUGGAAACAUCGUAAAAAUAUUCAAACUAUUCAAUUAUUUAUUGUAGACGAAAUCCAUGCAGUCGGAGGUCAUAUAGGACCUGUAUACGAAGUAAUUAUAUCACGAAUUCGCUAUGUUGCAGCUCAAACCGGAAACAAAGUUCGAAUUGUUGCUUUAGGGGUUUCUUUAGCAAAUGCUAGAGAUUUAGGGGAAUGGAUAGGUGCAAAUCAACAUUGUAUAUAUAACUUUAGUCCAAAAGACAGACCUAGACCUCUUGAAGUGACUAUGCAAUCAUUUACGGUUCCUCAUUUUCCAUCAUUAAUGAUAGCAAUGACAAAACCAUUAUAUUUGAUUAUAACAACAUUAUCAUCUGAUUGUUCUUCUCUAAUAUUUGUCCCAAGCAGAAAACAAUGUCGCAAUAUAUCUCUUGAUAUUUUGACGCAUUGUAAUGCCAAUAAUAAUGAAAACAGAUUUCUUUUAUCGACAUCUGAUGAUAUUAUGUUAUAUAUUGGGAAAAUUCAGGAUGAUGUUUUAGCAAAUUGCUUAACUCAUGGUAUUGGGUAUUAUCACGAGGCACUCAGCAAAUCUGAUAAAGAUAUUGUUAAAUCAUUGUAUAAAUCUAGAAUCAUUCAAAUCCUUUUCGCUUCAAGGGAUGUAGCUUAUUCAUUAGGUGUUACAGCACAUAUGGUCAUUGUAAUGGGUACACAAUAUUUUGAAGGAAGAGAACAUAGGUAUAUUGAUUAUCCGAUUAGCGAAAUAUUACAAAUGUUGGGAUAUGCAUAUCAACCAGAUCAUGAUGGAAUUAGUAGAGCAAUUUUAAUGACGCCUGCUGUGAAAAAAGAAUAUUAUAGAAAAUUUCUAAGUGAAGCGUUGCCAAUUGAAAGUCAUCUUCAAAUAUUUAUGCAUGACGCAUUUGUUACCGAGAUAGCUACAUCUACAAUUGAAAAUAAACAGGAGGCAGUAGAUUGGCUCACUUGGUCAUACAUGUACCGUCGUUUAGUCGCUAACCCGGGAUUUUACGGACUUCAAGAUAUCUCUCACGAAUCACUUAGUAGUUAUUUGUCUGAUUUAGUAGAAACUACUCUGAACGAUCUGAUGGAAAAAAGAAUUAUUUCUAUAGAAGAUGAUUUUUAUGUUACACCUUUAAAUCUAGCGAUGAUUGCAAGUUAUUAUAAUCUUACUUACAUUACUAUUGAAACUAUGGCUUUAAGCUUGACCUCUAAAACUAAAAUGAAGGGUUUAUUAGAAGUUGUUACUGCUGCUGCUGAAUUUGAGUCAAUUCCUAUUCGUAGACAUGAAGAUAUAAUAUUACGGCGUAUUUAUGAAAGAAUUCCUGUAAAGCUUCAGAAUCAAGAUUUUGAUUCUCCUUCUUUUAAAGCAUUUAUAUUAUUACAAGCACAUUUUUCACGCUUUCAACUACCUAUUGAUUUAGUUGCAGAUCAGGUAUUAGUGUUGCAAAAGAUAAUUAAUCUUCUUAGCGCAUGUGUUGAUGUUAUGUCAUCAGAAGGUUAUUUGAAUUCUAGUUAUCCAAUGGAGUUAUCACAAAUGUGUGUUCAAGCAAUAUGGGAUCGCGAUAGUCCAUUAAAACAAAUACCACAUUUUACUAAUGAUGUAAUUAAAAGAUGUAAUGAUACUGGAUUAGAAUCUGUAUAUGAUUUAGGCGAGUUUUUAGCAGAUGCUUCAAAGGAAUCAAGAGAUAAGCUUUUAGAAAUGGAUUCAAAAAAACUACGUGAUGUAGCUAAUUUUGUCAAUAAUUAUCCAUCAAUAGAUAUUACAUUCGAGCUUGAAGAUACAGGGUCUAUUACUGUUGGAAAUAAGGCGAGUAUUAAUAUCAUUCUUACAAGAGAAACAGAAGAGGUUAAUACUCUGGUUUAUGCUCCCUUUUUUCCUAUUUCAAAAAAUGAACACUGGUGGAUUGUAAUUGGCGAUGGUGUAUCUUUAUUAGCUAUUAAAAAGGUUACUUUACAAAAAGUUUUAUCUCUAAAACUAGACUUUAUUCCUCCAAACGCAGGAAAACAUGAAUAUAUUUUAUCCUGUUUUAGUGAUUCUUAUGUUGGUGUAGAUCAAGAUAUAAAGGUGGAUAUAGUUGUUGCAGAAGGAAGAGAAAAUAAUGAAGCAGAUGAAUAA